AAAAGAAAACAAGGUACUAAUUAAUCAUUCAUAAUGGCUGUUCACAAAGAAGUUAGUUUCUUUGCUUACUUGCUUGUUCUUGGAUUAAUGUUUCUCCUUGUAAGUGCGACGAUAGACCACGACCACGAUCAUGACCAUGACCAUGAUCAUGAUCACGAUCACGACCAUGACCAUCAUGAUGAUCACGAUCCCAAGCCUUGUUCUAGAGAAUGCGGUGAUUUUAGCUAUGGAAUAUGUCCACGUUCAGAAGGAAGUCCAAGAAACCCCAUAUGUACCACAUGUUGUGCAGGCUACAAGGGUUGCCACUAUUACAGUGCUGACGGAAAGUUCAUUUGUGAAGGAGAGUCUGACCCAAGAAAGCCAAACGAACAUUGUCCUAGGGAAUGUGAUCAUAAAAUUGCUUAUUCAAAAUGUCCCCGUUCAGAAGGACCGACUAUAGUUAAACCCACUAGAUGCACCAGUUGUUGCACGGGUUACAAGGGUUGCUACUAUUACAGUAAAAAGGGCAAGUUUGUGUGUGAAGGAAAGAGUGAUGAACCCAAGGGUUGUAGUCAAGAAUGUGACCCUAAAGUUGCUUACAUGACUUGUCCACAUACUGGAUCGACAUACCAUACUGGAGUUUGUGUUAAUUGUUGUACCGCAAAAGCGGGAUGCAAUCUCUAUAGUCGUGAUGGAUCUUUAAUUUGUAUCGGGGAUCCUAAAAAUCAUUAAUAUAAAUAUGAAAUAAUAUGUAUGAAAUAAAGCCAUGACGAUAUAUUCAUUAUUGUCAUGCUAACAAUCUCUGAAAUGUGGCAAUGGAGCUUUUUCCACCGCAAU